CUGGUUUCAGGAUUGGACGCGUCGACAUCCUGGCUUUAUGUCGGUAUGGAGGGGGGCUCAGUCCCUCGCCCCCGCCCCCUGGGCGCUCACCCUUCUCAUUUUUUCGCCUAGCGCCCCAUUUUGGGGCCAACCCUCGAAUCUCCCGGCCAAUCGAGAGGCUACACAUUGUUGCCUAAGAGACCCCGGAUGCCGGGGAAAGGCUGCGUAGACGGUGAUUGGACCACUGCAAGCGGUGGGGGCUGGAGAGUGCAAGGAAAGCAACUGGCAACUGUAGCAACAGCAGCACCCGAGGCUGGAGGAGGGAGGCCCGCAGAACAGGUAUAGUUCUUCUCAUGAAGGAUUGUCCUGUUCAUGCACAAUGGCGUUCGCACCUCCGAAACGCAUAGAUGGUCCCAAAAUGCAGACCAAGAUGAGUACCUGGACACCCUUAAACCAUCAGCUUUUGAAUGACCAGGUGUUCGAAGAAAGAAGAGCUCUGCUGGGCAAAUGGUUUGACAAGUGGACGGACGCUCAGCGGAGGAGAGUCCUGGCCGGCCUGCUGGACCGCUGCUCGCUGUCGCAGCAGAAGUUCUGCUGCCGGAGGCUGCAGGCGCGCAUCCCCGCCGAGGCGCUGGACUUCACCACCCGGCUGCCCCGCGUGCUGUCCCUGCGCAUCUUCUCCUUCCUGGACCCCCGGACCCUCUGCCGCUGCGCACAGGUGAGCUGGCACUGGAAGAAUUUAACGGAGCUGGACCAACUGUGGAUGCUCAAGUGCUUGCGGUUCAACUGGUGCAUCGAUUUCUGCCCGACGCCCUUCGAGCAGGGCGUAUGGAAGAAGCUCUAUAUCCAGAGGGUGGAAGAGCUGCACGUGACCAAGCCGAAGACUCCUCCAAAAGACAGUUUUGAGAUCGCCGACAUCCAGCCAGUUACACACAGUCCUCCAGAAGAAAAGGCAUCCCUUUCCUCCACCUUCUGGUUCUCUUCUUUGAGAAAAAAGAACGUGCCCCGGGAGGGGACGCAGCCCCCAUGGCGAUCCUCCGACAAGCACCCCACGGAUAUCAUCCGCUUCAACUACCUGGACAACUGUGACCCCCCUGAGCAAGCCUGGCCAGGGAGAAGGAAAAGGCACGAAAUGACCCCAGAUUCCAGCCAGCAGUCAUGCGAUAAGAAAAAUAAACUGCAGGACAGAGCUAAGUUAAGGAAAGCACAAUCACUGAUGUCAAGGAAAAGCUGUUUCUCGCUGUAUCCCUGAACACAGAUCCCAGCUCCCCUCGUCAAGCGCCGGCUCGGCUGGCCUGGUCUCCCGAGCCCUCGGCGACACUCCCAACCACAGAAACAGCCGCGAAGAUUCUCCUGCAGCAGCUCCGGGGCCAGCCCAGGCUCCCACUGCUCCCCAGCCGGGCCCUGGACGUACCAUUGACUUAGAGUGGGGACCGUGUCGCCACCACAAGAUCACCUGAUGCUGUCAGGACUUGGGUGCGUGUUGGCCGCCCUCUAGUAGAAGCUUUUCCUUCAAAUGCUUUUUUGUUUUGUUUCUCUUUGGGGUGGGUGCCACACUCAGAUAUACUCAGGGCUUGCUCCUGGCUCUGCACUCAGGAAUUACCCCUGGCUGGGAUUGAGAACCAUAUGGGACGCCGGGAAUUGAACCUGGGUCAGCCGCAUGCAGGGCAAGCGCCCUCCCCGCUGUGCUAUCGCUCUGGCAGGUCCUUCAGAUUCUCCUGUGUGGCCUCUGAGUGCCGCAGGGAAGGGCAUUCUGGGGGCCACUGGGGAUACAGAUUCAGGGCGCGUGUGAUGCUACACAAGGUCACAAUAAGAAGGGGGUUAGGCGGGGCUGGAGCAAUAGCACAACGGGUACAGCAUUUGCCUUGCACAUGGCCGACCUGGAUUCGAUUCCCAGCAUCCCAUACAGUCCCCCAAGCACCACCAGGAGUGAUUCCUAAGUGCAGAGCCAGGAGUAACCCCUGUGCAUCACUGGGUGUGACCCAAAAAGCAAAAAAAAAAAAAAAAAAAAAAGAAGAAGAAGAAGAAGAAGGGGGUUAGGCUCACAUCCAGUGACAUCAAGGGCAGCAGUGGUGUUCCAGGAGGACGCGCACGGGGCUGGUUCCUGUGUCUUCAUUCCAGCUGCCACCCCAGAAAUGUCGUGGGUUUCCAGUGCAGGUUGGAACUAGCCAGACAGUAAGUCGAUGAAGUGGCUGAAAACCUGAAGAAACUUGCCGAGCAUCAGAGGACACCAGCACACUCAUGGGUUAGUGGCGACAGGGUAUUUCUCUCUCGCCCUCUGGGAGGCUGGAAGUCUGAGCCGGAAGUGUCCAGGGUGGGACCUCAGGGCUUCUCCUGAAGCCCCGUGUCCUUUGUGUGCGUCCGUGUUCUCUCACUCCUCGGAGGACAGUGUCACGCCGAUGCCUCAUUUACUCACCUGGGAAGAGAAGACUCCACCUCUGCUCAAAGCAGGCUCCUGAGUCCUGGAGUUUAGGGGGUCCCCGUGGGACGCCAAGAGCAUCACAGGGGUUGGGGGAGCCCCAACACAGCCACCCCACGGGGCUUUGUAACUGCUCUGUCUGCAGAAGCUCAAAGGUCAGGCCUGGUGGUUCCUGAUCCAAGGAGACCCAGGUCAGCAGCUGUGCCACAGACUCUGCCUCUUGGAGGUGGAACAGAGCCCACAGCGGGGGAGGGGACCUCAACUCCAUCAGUCCCUCCCUGGCUGUACCUGUGAGGAGGUUGGGAAAGAGGGAGCAGGGAUGUUUGCCCUGACUGGGUGGGCACCCAUGUCCACAGAGGAGCAGCGGGCUUGGGAAUACAGAAACAGUUGCUUUCCUGCAAAAAUAGAAGUCAGAAUGCUAAACAGCGCCCCCCAGCCCCCCGUCCCCAUUCCCGGCCCACAUGGGUGCAGAAGGAGAACAGCCCGGUGAUGUCAAGUCUGUAUGUGUCCAGAUUCUGCGUUUGUUUUUGUUUGGGGGCCUCACUCAGUGGUGCUCGGGGUCUGGCUCUGCUCCGGGAUCACCCCUGGAGGUGCUCUGGGGACCCCAUGGGUGCCAGAAAAGGAACCAAGGUGAGUCCUGGGCAAGGCUGACGCCCUCCCUGCUGCUCUGUCUCUCCGGCCCAUGGGACUGAGUUUCUCACGCCUUUGCUGCUAUUCCCAUCACACGUUCUAGCGGGUCCACUGAGGACUCACGGCCGGGGGGGGGGGGUGAGGGCGACACGUUGGCAAGCAGCUCUCCCUGUGAGCCUGGCUCUGCCCUUUGUACCCACAGCCACACCAGCACCUGCGGAGGCUGUCAGCCAGAUCCCUUACAGCCCGCUGGCCCCCAGCCCCGUUCCCUGAGCUUGUCCACCCUGUGGCCACCUCAGCCAUAUGCACGUGGCCUGCCUGGUUCUGUGCUCGUGGUCACGGAAUUCUGAGUAUGCGGUGGUGGGCUGGCUGAGCUGUGAAGUUCAGUAGCAUUGUGUAUGAAAUGCAUUUUCGACUAAUGAUACUGUCCAUGCAUGAUGGUUUCGGGGAAAGAAACCCCAGGGCGUGUCAGGGAUGACCCGUGUGCCACAGAAGCAGGGGCCAGAGGAACUGUGUGACCACGAAGGCCACAAGAAGUUCCAGCACAGGGGCCCAGUCCCAGGCUAGGUGGGCACAGUGAUAUGAAGCCGACCUUCCUCCUUCGCCGCCGGUGUCCUCCCGUCUUCCCGGCACUGUCCUUUUGGGGGCGCUGCCUGGCCCGCUGCCGCUCCUGGCGGAAAGGCGCCUUCUCCCAGGCUCCGCGUUUCACUGGGUUUUGGUGGCGGGUCUCAGCCGGCGGCUUCACUCAGUGGCAAUGACAGGGAAAGGCCACGCGGGGGCGCGCCGCGCCCAGAGAGCAGCGGGGGCGGCCCUGCGGUCCAGGGGCUCACGGGAGGCCUGGAAGCCGAUUCGCAGCACUGGGAAGGGGCUUGGGGCUACUUAUCUGCCCCCCUACAGGCGGUGCUUUUGCAGCUCAGAGCUUUGAUUACAGCACAACGAGCCAACACACACCCACAGAGGGUUUUUUUUCUCUUUUUUUUGGGGGGUGGUAGGGGUGGGGCUGGGCUCACCUGCGCUGUUCAAAGGACCAUAUGCAGAUGCCCUGGAUCUAACUGGGGUCAGCCCAAUGCAAGAAGGGCACCUGAGGGGCCAGAGUGAUAGGACAGUAGGGAGGGAGCUUGCCUUGCACGCAGUUGACCCGAGUUCAAUUCCCAGCAUCCCAUAGGGUCCCCUGAGCAUCUUCAGGAGUAAUUCCUGAGUGCAGAGCCAGGAGGAACCCUUGAGCAUCGCUGGGUGUGACCCAAAAAGCCAAAAAGCCAAAAGAAAAUUUUUAAAAGGCACCUUGACUUCUGUACUAUCUCUCUGACCCUCCACCUGAUGUUUGAAGAAUCCACACAGAGUCUUAGGAAGAAGUAAAAUGUGGAGGGUGAUGGUCCCCCAAGCACCGCCAGGAGUAAUUCCUGAGUGCAAAGCCAGGAGUAACCCCUGAGCAUCGCUGGGUGUGACCCAAGAAGAAAAAAAAAUGUGGAGGGUGUUGGGGGGGUUUAAGCCACCCUGGGAUGCUCAGGGUCACUCCUGGUGGUGCGUGAGGACCACAUGAAGUACCAGGAACCAAACCCAGUCAGCUCUGUGCCAUGCAAGGGCCCUACCUGCCACUGUUCGACUGGGGCUGAGGGGUAGAGCUUCUGGUUCACAUCAGUGAGGCUGGGUUUGAUCCCCUAAACUCUGGACUUAAAAAUAAAUAGGAGGUUGGAGUGAUAGGACAAUAGGAAGGGCAGUUGCCUUGCAUGUGGCCAAGCCAGGUUUGAUCCCUGGCAUCCCAUAUGGUCCCUGGAGCACCACCAGGAGUGAUUUCUGAAUACAAAACCAGGAAUAAGUCCCAAGCACUGGCAGGUGUGACCCCAAAACCAAAAUCCCCCCAAAAUAAUAAAAUAAAAUAGCAUAAUUAAAUGACAAAAUUAUAUAAAUGGAAGAGAAUAAGUGAAAUGAAAUAAAAUAAAUAAGACAUAUUGACUACAAUGCACAAAAUAGAUGACUUGAAUGAAAAUAAAAUAGUGGGGAAAAAAUAACACAAACAAAAUAAAUUUAAGGGGCUGGAGCAAUAGCACAGCGGGUAGGACAUUUGCCUUGCACGUGGCCGACCCGGGUUCGAUUCCCAGCAUCCCAUAUGGU